AUGAAUAAAUUAAUAUUGUCAAUAUUAUUUACUUUUGUGUUGCUUGCUUAUGUUAUCAUAGAUAUUGUAUAUAAUGAUGAAAUUUGGGAUGCUAGCAAAUAAUUAGCAAUAUCAAUGUAAUAAACAACACCUUUUUUUGAACGAUUGGUAUAUGAAUUUUUUACAUACAUUGUUUUUAUUCCACCAAUAGCAGCAUUUUAUUGCUUCGUUUAUGAUAAUAAUAAAUUAAACUCCUUACUUUAUUUGAGUGUAGUUGUAGUAAGUGUAACAACAAAUGAAAUUUUAAAGAAUAUCUACCAUUAAGCAAGACCAUAUAUGAUUGAACCAGAUAUUAAGAGGUAUAUAUAAAAAUAGAGUUUUAGUUUGAAAUGUAACUCAGAUUAUGGGAAGCCUUCAGGACAUUCUCAAAAUUCUAUGGUUAUGCUAAUUUUAAUGCCAGCAAUUCUAUUCCCAUCAUUAAAAUAGUUAUAAAGGCAAAAAGUUUAAGUUGAAUUUUAAGAAUGUAUGCAUUGAAAUGAAAUUUUAGAAUUUGAAAAUAGUGGAAAUUUCACAGGAUACACAAUACCAAAUUUGGAGAAUUCAGAUCUUGGGGUAAUAAUUAUGAGAAUAUUUAGUUAAGAAUAGCAAAUUAUAAGAUAGCAAAAAUGUACAAUCAAAAUGUAAAAUUGUAAUGAAAUUAAUACUAAUUAUUUUCAUUCUUUUAAGUAUUGUGAUGACUGGAUUAUCUAGAAUAUUUCUCGGAGUACAUUCAAUAGGAUAAGUUUUGCUUGGUUGGGUAUGGGGUCUAUACAUAACUUUAAUGUAUAUUUUUAUAAUACAUUCAUCAUUAAGAGAGUAUUUAAUAUAUAAAUAUAAAUAUAGUUAUAUAAUAAGAUAGUUAACACCCAAAAAAAGUGGUUUAGAAUAAAUGAAUCAUUUUAUUCCUAUAUCCUUUUUAAUGUUGUUAGCAUUAUUAGGAUUAUCAAUAGGGUUGUUAAAAUUAAAUUCUUUAGUUUAUUAUGAUGAUUUAGAAAUGGAUAAAUGGAUUCAAAGAAUAAAUGAAUGCUAAUCUACAAAUUACACAAGAGUUUCUCCAUAAAUAUUAUAUAAUUCUUGUUUGUAAUUUACAGGAAUAGGAGCUAUGAUAACAGGACUGUUAGUUGGUGCUGUUUUAGUUUAAGGUACUUAUGAAGAAGGACUCUUUAAUAAAUGGAAAUCAAAGAUUCCAAUGUAAUAACAGAUGAAGAGAAUAUUAUUAUUAUUGCUUCCUUUUUUAUUUUUGAUACCAUUCUUAUUUAUUGCAUCUAACAAUGUAAUAAUUGAAUUUACAUGCAAAGUAUUGAUGCUCUAUAUUUUUUUAGAUAGUUCCACUAUCUUUUGGGGCAGGAUUUAUUAUAAAUGGAGUUUAUCCAUAUCUUUUAAGAAGAUUUAAUUUACAAAUUCCUGGAGACUUUCUUUUUUUAUAUAAAAGAAGAUCAUUUCAAAAUGAUCAAAGUUACGAUAGUCUAUAGAAGCACAUGUUAAGUGAAACGUAAUAAAAUGAUCUUUGAUUAAUAUAAUU